CAUGACUGGAUCAUAGAAAAAGCUCAAGGUGUUGUUUUUUUUUAUUCAGUUCAAAGAAUGCAUAAACCGUGUGCGAUUACAGUUGGAUUAAAUUAAUGAAUCUCUAAAAAAAUUGGAAUUAUGAUUUUAAAGGAUGAAAAUGAACAGAGAAUUUUUUUUUCAUAACAUGUGAUAAUAAUUUAUGUAUAGAUUUGAAUGAAAGUAGAAAAGGAGAUAUUGAAUUUAUGUUUUCUUAGAAGAGAAAUACAUGAACGUUAAAAUAUGCAUAGAAUGCAACAUACCAGGCGCUGUUUGUAAAUGGUGUAAUAGUGUGUUUGUUUAUUUAAAUAAACUGCUUAUUUAUCCAGUGAUUUCAAUCAGAUCGUUAAUUAACACUUGUACAAUUUUGUAAAUGAAUUUUUAAAUACAUGUACGUGAGUUUUGUAGUCCAAACCGGAUCUUCUUGAUUUGAUAAGGAAUCUAUAGUUUAUUUAUCAUUUAUUAAUGAUAUAUUUAAGAACAUGAGUGCUUAAACAAUACUAUACAUGGUGGGUGUAUGACUGUUUGGAUUAUCAAUUUCUUUUUUGCUCGUUAUUAUGGACGCCAAAAGUAUGUCCGAAUAUAGUGAACACUAUUUAACGUUACAAGAGUUAAAUGACGCUGAGGUCAAAACCCUCAUACCCACCGUGGUCUUUCUGAUAUUCAUAUCGGUAACUGGGCUGGUUGGGAAUAGUUUAGCCCUUUACGUAUAUAAGACGAAGUUCACUUAUUCGAACAUCCAGUGCUUUUUGCUAUGCCUGAGUGCGUUAGACUUCUUUUCGUGCACCGUAGCGAUUCCUUUUGAAAUAUCAACAAUUCUUCAGCAGUAUACAUAUGAAAGUGGAUGGCGUUGUCAAGUUGCAAGGUUUUUCAACACAUUCAGUUCUAAUUCAUCGGCAUUCCUUCUGGUAUUUAUUGCUUUUGAACGUUUCCGGAAAGUUUGUAAACCCCUCGAAUGGCAAAUAAAAACGAGCGUGACAAUUGCACUGUGCGUUAUAUCAGUAGUACUUGGUAUUAUUGUAGCCUUACCCGCCAUAUUUGUUUACGGCAAACACACGUUUCAUAUACCGGAAGUCAAUCUUACCGGAAGUGAAUGCUCGGUGACUAAUGGAGCUAAGGAGGCGUCACUUCCGUUUCUAUAUUUUCUUACGUUUGGCGUGCUAUUUGUGACAGCUACAGUAACAAUGACGAUACUUUACUGCAUGAUUGGACAAAAACUUCGUAAACAAGCGGCUAAAAUAAACAAAACGCUUGGAAGAAGUGAUAUUCAACCACAAGUCAGCGGAUGUCCUCAUUCGAAAGCUACCGCUAAUAUGUUACGAGCAAGAAAAACAUCUUUUCUCAUGUUUCUUCUGACAAUUGCAUUCAUUUUAAGUUUCUUCCCUCACCUCGCCUUGGUUUCGAUACGGCUGACGAAGAAAGGAUUUGUUGAGGGCCUAUCGGAAAGGAGCAAAGCUGUGUACAAAUUCUUCCUCCGGUCAUACUUCUUGAACUGUGCAAUAAAUCCAAUAAUAUACGGCGUAUGCGACCCUCGUUUCAAAAAUGCAGUGAAAGAAAUGCUUGCACAUCGGUCAUGUAAGCGAUGCAAGUCAACCACAAAUAAUACACAUAACUACAUGUAAUAAAAAUUAUAUGUUAAAACAUAAUAUGUUAAAAGGAAAUGUUUCUAAAUGUGAUAUGGGUACAUGUAAAAAAUACAUGUAUGUAUAUCUAUUUCAUCUUGCUUACAGAAAGCUGCAAUAUCACAAGUAUGCCGUGGUGUGUUUUGAUUUUUUUCUAAUGAUUAACAAAAAUUAAAUGGGAAAGAAGUUGUUUAAAUCAUCAAGGAAAGUUAUCUGUCCCGUGGCAAACCUACAUACGUCAUUGGAUAGAACUAAAGGUAUGCUGCAGAUUAAAAGUGCUAAAAUCAUAUAUAUUACCUGUACGAGAUCAUACUAGUUAUUGCGUAAAUAACUGUC